CCUAGUCAUUCCCCGUUCGUCUCUUCCCCGUCCUAUCGGAUAUUGACAAAAGUCAAAAGUAAAAUGGUUUUAUAAUUUGUACAUUGCUUGCUUUCUUGCUGCGUCAAGUCAAUCGGCCACUUAUUUUCUUAGUGUUUUCUUUUUGGCAAAUCAAAAAAGGAUGUGUUGUUCACUAACAUAAACAGCGAUCUCCGCAGAUUAAAUUCCACGUACUGGUAGCUGUUGAUUAUACAUUUUCUGUGUGCAAAAAUUGAUUAUUUUAUUUUGUUUAACCGUGGCUUAUUUGGUACAAUAAUAGCUAGUUUUAAUCACUUUUGGUGUGACGUUGCUCAUAUUUACAAUAAAAACUGUGUCAUAAUGUGAAAUGUGAAGUAGAAUAAGCUUGUUGAGUUAUGGAUGAAAGCGCUAAGAACUCCCCUUGUAAGGUAUGCAAUGAUGGUGCGGACGAGGCGCAGUUGCGGGCUGAAGUGGAGCACCUUCGCCAGCACCUUGCUGAGAGAGAUGCACACAUUCUAGCCCUAGAGGGUGAAUUCAUCAAGAGUACAACCAAAGCGAAUAACUUUGAGGAACAGCUUAAUACCUGGCGGGAAAAAUACGAAAGAUUGUAUGAUUCACACAAGAGGGUGCAGAAAUUAAACCAAGUUCUGGAAGAGAAGUUGUUGCAAAUGGUUGACAAGAUGAAAGGAGAGAAGAGCCAGUUGACCAAAGAUAUUGCCACACUCUCUGUAAGGCUAGCCGAGUCCAAACACAAUUACAGCAUGCUGCAGAAGGAAAAUGAAAGAUACAAGAAUGAUAUGAAUCUAGCAAUCCAGCUCCUUCAAUGCAAACCAGAUAAUUUUGUAUCCCAGAAACUUGAUAACCUCUCAGUCGACACGCAGGCGAGGGUCUCGCAAUACGUCAUGUCAAAAACUUCAAAGCCAUCAAGUUCAUCUCAAUCUAAAAAUGGCAACGAAAAUGACACUUUCGAUGCGAGUGAGUAUGAAUUCAAUAUUUCAGCUUCUCUUAUGUCUAAAAUUCUCGAGGACAGCAUUCAAGACACGGUGACUAAGCAUUGUGAUACGUGUACUUGUUCUAAAUCACAGAAUAAGCCCUUCUGCUAUAAUGAAAGUUAUUAUUCUGUAGCAACACAAACAUUCCUCAGUGGAGAAAUGAAAAAUUCCCUAUGUUUAAGUUGCAAUGGAGAGAUUAAAUCAAUGAACUCCAACUUGAGCAUUAGAAGUGGCUCUCCCCAUGGAAUUAAACUUCUGAAUGAAAAGACGCCUUUUGGCUUGACUGGGCCUUUGUAUAUAGUACCACAGCAUGUUCCUGAAAUUCAAAAAGAUAACCACGAUAGCGUGAGUUUGAAAAGCAUUUCUGAUAAAAUAAAACCUAAUCAUGUGAUUCACAAUCACAACAUCGUUGAAAAUAUAACAAUGGAGUCAAAAUUGCCACUGGAAACGGUCUCAUCUAACAUAGAGGAAGCAAAACAAAUGAAUAAGAAUACAAGCGUUAAUAUGGAACCAGCUGUACACCAUAAACUUUGUGAUCGCACCAAAUCAUUGUCUAGUAAGAAAAGUAGCAUUCAUAGUGUAGGAAAUGAAGAUUUUCUAGUUAAGGAUACAUUAACUUCUAAAGAACAUAAUAUUAAAAAUGAUAAUCAGAUUAUGGAUAACAGAAGCGGAAGAAAAAAUUCUCAGAGUUCAAUGGGUGCUAUAAGUAGAACAUCAUCCUUAGCAAAGUCUACAGUAAGUACUCACAAAUCUAACACACAAAUUGGGCCUGGCCCAAGGUUUUGUCAUUUACGUAUGCAAGCAGGUUCUAAAAAUAUUCUUCUUGAUAACGCCGAGCCGGAUUUGCCUCCAGUUUUAUACAGACGUCAAAGCAAAUGUAAUGAAAACUCUAUUUUCAAAGAUCUUGCAGACGAUUUAGAUCAUUUUAUUGACAAUGACAAAAAUGAAGAAGAUAUGAAAAUAAAUAAUAACGUAGUUAUAGAGAGUACUCUUAUCGACGUCCAUGUUGAUAGUAAUAAUAAAGAUACACAGUUGACAGACCAAAAGACAGGCAUCAAUCCAGUGCUAUUGAAUGUUUCCUCGUCGCCACUCCAGCCACUUAAAACGCAUACUUUUUCAAAUAGUUCGGAACACAAUAACAAUAAUUCCCGAAGUAUUGGAAGUCAGCAAAAUAAUGUAGAGGUUGACAAUUUAUUAAACGAUUUUACUCCUGAGGUCACUAACGUUCAGAAUAACAACACCCAAUCGGUAUCGGUCGAUUGCCAUGUCAAACAUGAAGCUGUAACACCCGUAGAAAACAAUGGCGUCAAAAUAUUUAAUUUCGAUCGGUAUGAACAAAACAAAAUAGGAAGUCAAUUUAAUAGACCCUUGAGAAAAAUUGAUAUGUCACAGUUGCACUCUAUCGAAAACACCAAAAUAUCUAAAGAUAGACCUCCUCAGACCGAUGGAUCAAAACUUGAGAAAAAGGUUAUUCCAUCUCUCAAAGCGGCACUUCCAGCAGUUGUAAAUGUUUAUCCUAAUUUGACACAAACCCACCUCAAAGUAAAUGAGCACAAAAAGGUAUUCACGAAUGAGCAAAGUACUAGUUCACUUUCGAGUGAUGACAGCGCAGCUAUGCUGCAAAAACAACAGUUGCUAAGAGUGGCAGAGUGGGUCGAAAAGAAUCUUGAGCAGCAAAAUAGUUACAGCGAUCCUUUAGAAGAUGAGGUGAGCUUCAAUAACAGAUCAGUACGAAGGGAUAGCAAAGUAUGUAGACUGACAGAAACGCUUAACGAAUUGGCUUUGAAUAUGCCGCAUCCAGUCAGUAAAUAUUCUAAAUCUUACUCCAGAGAGGGGCGUACAUGGCCCCAUGUAAACAACAAAACCAGCGCACAAACUGAAGAAAAACCUAAGAAGCAUGUGCCGAAUACAAUUAUAACUAGUAAUGUAGUUAAGGAGACUAUAUUUCCCGUUGAGAGCGGCGAAGCGACGGUUACUGAGAAUAAACCAAAUAUGAACAAAGUCAAUAAUAUUGAGGAGUUUGACGUUGGUAAGGAGUUGAGAGAAGCGCUGAAGUCUACCGGGGACAAAGAGAUAACUGCGGAAGAUUUAGCGCGGAUGGAGUAUAAUGUUAAGAAGUUCUUGUUGAGUGGGCCGCACUGGGCGAACCCGGGCUCGGUGGGCAGGAGUCGGCGCACCAGCAGCAAAACUGAGACUGAUGUUUAAUUCCAUUUUAGGUAGAAGCUACAUUCCAUGUUUUUCAAAUAUUGUGUUCUAAUUUUGUAGACAUACCCGAGCUUUUUGCUAAAUUACCUAGCUUUUAUAUUUAUAGUCUAAAAUGUUAUUGUCUGUAAAUGAUAUUAAUUUCGGGUUUAUAUAUGUGUGCAACUUGGUUAUUAUUUUCUGCUCAAUUAUAGUUGGUACGCUAUACAAAAUUAAUAUCAAUUUACAUUUUGUAUUUUCAGCAGAAAAUGUACUUUGUCUAUUAAAGACAAUCCUUGUUUUUACGAAUUAAACAAAUGCUAGUCUUAUAUGCAACUAAUCUAUGUUAUCCUUAAUGUGGUAAAUAUCAAUAUGUAAUUAAUAAUAUUUGAUGUGAUCGUGUUACUUAGAUAAAGGAACCCAAAUAUGGCUACUAUUUUUGGGAAUUUUAAUAAUUGAGAAGCACAUACAGUAUUGUCCUAGAAUUACACACCAUUUCAUAGUAGCGCGAUAAAUAUUUUAUGAAGAAUAUCACUUGUUUACUUUCCUACUAUGAAAUGGGUAGGAGCUACAAAGAUGUCUGUUUCCAGUAGAUCAGUGUUAGCUAUGUGUUUAAGGUACGGAUAUUUGUCAAAAUCAAGGCUGCCCUUAGCUAGUAUGUCGUAGAUUAGAUUCAAGUCUAUGUGAAUGUUGCAGCUAAUUGGUUUAAUCAGCUGAUUCUUUAAAAAUAACAUUCAAUUUAUUACGAAAUCGAUUUGAUAAAAGUGCUAUAUCCGGCACCAUCGUCAUUAUUGCAUUAAUUGGCUGAUUUGAUCAGUUAACUUUAAUAUAGAUACAGACAAAUAAUUCUUACGACAUGUUCGUGAUUUUGAGCACAGAAUAUAGUCGAGGAUACUGUAAUGAUUUUGUAAAAUUCAUUUUCAAAACAAAAUUUGCAUCGUUUCCUGCAAAAAAAAUAUUUGUUUGUUGAUAACUCUCGAGUUGAAAAAUUAUUUUACCAGUUGUAUGUUUUAUAACAUUCCUGAUUUUUUAAAUUCGUAUGAAUUAUUUGACUGAAAGGCAUUUAACGUAUUUUAAGUAUUUAGAAUGCUUUUGAAUUGUGAUAACGCAGACUAUGGGAUGUUAUAAUAAAUAUCAUGUUUAUAGCGCAGAUUUGUGAGUUUUCGCAACUAUACGAAUAUUCUGUAGGGUUACUGGAUAAAGUCUGAUAGGAUAGUAUUAUUAUUUUUUCUAAUUCUCUCGUUAUCCGAGUUUCUUUUAAUUUGUGAUAUUGCAAUUAAAUAGUGUGUGGUAUGAGAAUCAAGUAAAAUAAGGAAAUAGCGUUUUAUUCAUACAUAUUUUAAAAUUACAAUCUUCGUGAAUAGUUUAAUUAUUUUCCUCGGGGGCUUUAAUUUGAAUGAAUCAUAACUAGAUUAAUGUCUUGUCGAAAUAUUUAAUUAACCGUUUAUUUAUUUACGGCAGACAAUUUUCUUAUAGCUCAGUUAAAACUUUCUGGAUUACAUUAGUAAACACAAAGUACCUAAUGCGUUUUAUUUUGGUAAUUCACCGAAUAGAAAAGACAACGAAAAUAACUAAAUACAUACGACACAUGCUUAUACCAGUAAUCCUACGGUAUAUAAUUAUAAUGAUAAUCAUUGUAAACUGAUAAAUUCAUAGUCCAAAUGUAUGCCGUCGAUCUAAAUGUUAUUAAUAGAGACUUAAAAAUACAAUAUAUCUAUAUAUUUCACUUCACAACGCCUCCGCUUCCACUUGUACAACUAUUUAUACAAAAUAUAUCUAAUAUUGAAGUGUGUCUUUUGUGCAUAUUUUCAGAUAUAUGUAAUUGGAUGAAUGGGAUAUAUUUUUGAAAGAUUCGCUACGAUUGGCGUAUACUGUAGCUAGGGUAAAUUAAAUAUUUGUAGCCUCCGUGCCGGCCAGUACGUGUGACGGUGUAAAUAGCCGUAUUGAAUUAUGCGCGGUUUAUUUUUUAAAAGUAUUAUUGUACCGUGAAUCUGGAACAACGGAUUUGGACCUGACCUGAACCCCGAACUGGAGUACUUUUCCAGGAUUGCGAAUUGGAACUAUUUGAAAGUCGUGGGAUUUUGCAGCUUCUGGGUGAUUUGUAUUGUCUCAUUUCUCCGAUGUUAUAGGGUUUCUACCAUAGAUUCCGAGAAAAAAUAAAACAAGACCAAAUUGGUAUAUUUUGGUGAAUAUUAUAUCGCAAUAUAUAGUUUUUAUUAUAAUGUGACAUUUCUGUUGUCAAUAUUAUUACGAUUUCUAUGGUUACAUACAUAAAUAUAUAUAAUCACGUCUUUAUCCCUUGCGGGGUAGACGAAGCCAAUAGUCUUGAAAAGACUGAUAUGCCACGCUCAGCUGAGUUCUAUGGUUUCUAUUCAUUUUUCUACAAAAAUAUUCUGUUUUCAGGUUAUGGGUAUAAAGUUGGUGGGUUUUACACAAGUUACAAUUUUACAUUGUUUAGUUUAGCUCAUAAGAUUCAGUAUCGAUCCUAUUAUCCCAAAAUUUUCAUUGUUCCGGGUUCACAAAAACUGUGUUCUGUAAUACCGUUACAUGUAAAUAGUAUUGGCUGGUCGGUGAAAUAGCGUAUUGUAUUGAGCACAAUUUUAGCGUCGUUUUGAUGUUAGUUAUCAUCAGACUAAGAAAUGCAAAACAAUGAAUCAAUAAGCAAGCAUUCCAUACUAUUGUUUCAGAGAAUCACGUAGUUUGACCACGGAAAAUGAUUUAAAGGUUUUAAUUUUUAAUGGUUGUUUCUUUUUUUGCGUAAGAUUAGAAAAUGAAUUAUCCAUUGUUUUAUUUUAAUCCAAUUUUCCAUUAAAUUACAAAAAAAAAUGCAAUUCAAGGUUUCAUUUAUUCAUUGCAAAAAUAGCUAUACAUUAUAGUUAUUAUUUUCUAAUUAUGUUGACGAUUUUAUAAGUUGUUUUUCAACAUUAAGUAUAACUUAUUUCUCCAAAUCCUAAGAUUUAUGUUAUUGUUGUUUAUGUUGUUAUAUUUUUGUUUUUAUUUUUUUGUUAACUACCUACUGUAAUUUCGUUUGAACUAUCGCCAAUGAUAUUAUUAUAUUAAUCGAACACAAUUUAUCUUAAAAAUGUUUGAAUUAGUUAGAGCAAUUACUUUGGUUAAAAAUCAUGACGAUUUUGAUUAAAUAUUUUUCCAAAAUGAAUAAGUUCAUAAUUUAGAAAACACAUUAUGGUCAUUCUUAGUCGCUAUGGCUGAUCUCACAGAGAAAUAGCUUCCGCAUAAGAUGUAAUAAUUUGUCAUUUAUUAUUAUUAAAAGUAUGAUGAAUCA